AAGAUAAAAAAAAAAUAGAAAAGAGUAAAUAUGAAUUCUUCAAAUGUAAGAAAAAAGUGAUAGAAACUUUAAUGCGUAAACAUUAAUUACCAUUGAUAAAACAGAUCUCACGAUUAGUAAUAGAGUUACCAGUGGUAUAUUUCUGUUUUCUCGUGUGCGUACGCGCACACGUUAUAAAUGAAUACACAUAGAACGUUUGUUGGAAAAAAAGUAAUCUCGUUUUUAUAAAUCCUUUGUAAAUAUAUCAAAUAAUUGAUGUAAAUUAUCGUAUAAAAUAAAUCUAACUAUGAAUUUGUGAUAUUGUCAAAGAAAAUAAAUAACAACAAGAAUUCAAAAGAUCGCGAAAAUCGAGGAAAGAUCUUUCAAAUAAAGCAUACAUACUCGUUCGUUCUGUCGUAUUGUAUAAGGUUAAAGCGUGUUUAAAAAAAAAUGCUAUGAACUCAAUAGAGCUGUUUGAUGUCAGAUGUCAGGCGAAGAAUAUGACAGUGAAAUGGAUUGUUCGGAUUCAGACUGUGGAGACCCAGGUUAUGAAGAUUAUUAUAAUGUACAACCAUGGGGUGGUGAAGUAGAUAACGAUGUUGAUCCCGAUCAAAAUAGAAGGGAUCCGGAGUUUGCUGUUUAUGAUUGUUUAAGAGUUGACGAAGUAGAAAGGCUUUUGAAUGAAAAUGUUGAAGUACUAAGCAACAAUCUUCGUAUAACACCGUCCUUAGCCAAAGUAUUAUUACAUGCACACAAUUGGGCACUGCAAGAUAUAAUAUCCAAAUAUCGUACCAAUGCUUCCAAUUUAUUGACCAGUUCGAAAAUUAGACCGGUGCCUUUGGUGGAUUCUACCUCAGGAACUAAAGGAUUGUGUUCUGUGUGUGUAACUGUUCAUCGUGCUGAUAAAUUUUCUACUCUUAUGUGUGGUCAUUCAUUUUGCAAAGACUGUUGGUGUAUGCAUUUUGAAGUACAAAUAACACAAGGUAUAUCUACUGGAAUAAGUUGCAUGGCACAAGAUUGCGACGUUUUAGUACCAGAAGAUUUUGUCUUAUCCUUGCUCACUAAGCCUAAUAUGAGAGAAAAGUAUCAACAAUUUGCUUUUUGUGAUUACGUUAAGUCUCAUCCACAAUUAAGAUUUUGUCCUGGCCCAAAUUGCCAAAUAGUCUUGCGUUCGAAAGAACAACGAGCUAAAAGAGUUAUGUGUUCUUCUUGUAAAACUGUAUUUUGUUUUCGAUGUGGUAUGGAUUAUCAUGCUCCUACUGAUUGUAACACAAUUAAAAAGUGGUUAACAAAAUGUGCAGAUGAUUCAGAAACAGCAAAUUAUAUUAGUGCUCAUACCAAAGAUUGUCCAAAAUGCCAUAUUUGUAUAGAAAAAAAUGGUGGUUGUAAUCAUAUGCAAUGUUAUAAUUGUAAGCAUGAUUUUUGUUGGAUGUGUCUUCAUAAUUGGAAAUUACACGGAAGUGAAUAUUAUGAAUGUUCACGUUACAAAGAGAAUCCUAAUAUUGCACAUGAAAGUGUUCAUGCUCAAGCAAGGGAAGCAUUAAAAAAAUAUUUACAUUAUUACGAAAGGUGGGAAAAUCAUAGUAAAUCUCUUAAACUGGAAGAACAAACUUUAGAAGGUAUAAAGAUGAGAAUUAAUAAAAAAGUCAUGACAGCAAGUGGUACAUGGAUAGAUUGGCAACAUUUGUUUGAAGCUGCAUCGCUUUUAGCUCGUUGUCGUUACACUUUACAAUAUACAUAUCCUUAUGCUUACUACAUGGAAGCUGGUCCAAGAAAAGAACUUUUCGAGUAUCAGCAAGCACAACUGGAAGCAGAAAUAGAAAAUCUCUCAUGGAAAAUAGAACGAGCGGAAACAACAGAUCGUGGAGAUCUAGAAAAUCAAAUGGACAUUGCAGAAAAACGUCGCGUUACUUUAUUAAAGGACUUUCUUGAGGUAUAACUAUUAAUUAAAUAAGUAUUCAUUUGACAAAUGUCACAGAUUGUCUCUCUUAGGUUUUUCUAAAAUGUCAACAUCGCUAGUUUUGAUUUUUGAAAUAUGGAUGCAUAUGUAUAGUAAUUAUAGAUCAAAACUUCCUGCGCUUUUAAAAUUCAUGUCUAGUAAGACAUGAUUUAACCACUUGCGAUGGAAAAACGUGCACGCACAUCGUGAUGCUUUUGUCGCAAAAUUGCCAACGACGUGCGUGGCACACGCGACGGAGAAUUCUUCGCCAUCGCAAGUGGUUAAUAUGUAAAGAACAGUCUUCCUAAUAAGGAAAACUUUUACGAUUCGCAGGUUAAGUAUAAUAUAUGUUGAGAAAUUAUAAUAAGUUAGUCAGAAAAGAUAUUUAUUCUUCUCAUUA